UCGACUCUCAAAAUGGCAGAUGAACCAACACGGGAGUGGAGCGACGAGCAGCUCAAAAGUGAUGAUUUGCCCAAAAAAGACAUUAUAAAGUUCAUUCAGGACAAUGCAGCUCACUCGUUCCUCAAUGAACACAAGCUGCUGGGAAACAUAAAAAACGUUGCCAAAACAGCGAAGAAAGAACAAUUGAUUGUCGCCUACAAUCAGCUAUUUGAGAGCAAAAGGUUUAAAGGCUCAGAACCCGUUGAAGAGGUGACCGAGCAGGUUAAAGCUGUGAAAAUUGAGGAAAAACCCAAAGAAGUCCCAGCAGAGGUUGUGGAUGAGGGUCCGCCCAAGUUCACCAAGUCGGUCCUGAAGAAAGGAGACAAGACGAACUUCCCAAAGAAAGGCGACAGCGUGAGCUGCUGGUACACCGGAUCCUUGGAGGAUGGAACCGUCUUCGACACCAAUAUUCCCACCACUGCGAGGAAGAAGAAGCAAAGCAAACCUCUGACCUUCAAAGUCGGGCUGGGCAGAGUCAUCAGAGGGUGGGACGAGGCUCUCCUGACGAUGAGUAAGGGCGAAACGGCACGACUGGAGAUCGAACCAGAGUGGGCCUACGGGAAGAAGGGUCUCCCCGACUCCAAAAUUCCUCCCAACGCGAAGCUGAUCUUUGAGGUCGAGCUGGUGGCGGUGGAUUAACCGCCGACUGCCGGUCAGCAUGCACUACACUGAAAGGGUGAAGAGGAAAAUUCCUCAAUGGCCUUGCUGUAAAGAUUCAAGUUUAAAUGGUAUUUGAAUCGCACCUUUAUGUUCCCACCUUAUCUCAAUCACGAUCACAUUUAAAGAAACAGUAACCAGUUAUUACAGCAUCUUCACUUUUGGCCGAAAUGUGACGGCUUGUCAAUAAUGUACAUAGCCUGAUACCUUAUUCUCUGCAUUGUUUUGUUCUUUUGCAUGUAAAAUGUAAAUGAGAAAUAAACCUGUUUGAGUCUAAAGAACAA